GCAUCACUUCCGGUUGGAGUGUUUCCAGUGAAGUAUCUGUAGUUAGCCUAGCCUAGCAUACACAGUGGUGCAGAGAAAAUAAAACCAACCAUAUAUUGUGUAUACAGUGAUUUAACGGUCUGGUUUAGUAUAAGUAGUUAACUAGCCACUAUGGCAAGUGGUCGGUGAUUUAUAUAUUAGCGAGGAAUUGUAAAAACCUCCUGAAAAGGACUGCCUCGAUGAUAUGAACCUCUAGCUAGUGAAACACUUUACGCCGCCGUACAAAUCUUGUGUAGUUGCCAGGUUACCGUACGUGGUCACAGAUUUAGUGUAACUACGUACGUAAGAAGCGUAACUGGAAGUACGGAAAGCGACAAGGUUCAAGUUUCUGACUCGCAAAGUUGAAUUCUGGGCAGAAAUGUUCUACUUCUAUUGCCGUUGGAGUUUGGAGAUGUUGCGCUGCUGCACACACCGUGUAGCCUGUGUGUAAAUGUUUUACCGGAAUAAAAUGCGUCCCCGCAUUUUACGAUUCCGAAAUCGCUGGGGGGGGGAUCACGUGACCACCGUGGGGGUGUGUUUGACCUACUUUGAACCAAAACAAGUCGGCGUGGGCAAACAUGGCGGACUCGGCUCUCCCUCCAGCCAAAAAGAAAAGGAAAAGAAGAGGAAAAUAUGAAAGCGAAGCAGCUAGAAAGCUCGCCAGAAAAGAGAUGGAGGCCAAAAGGUUGGCCGCAAGAAUUUUCGUGAAGGGACAGAUUGACCGCUGGAAGCGACUGAAGGAUGAAACAGGGGCAAAAUCUGAUGAAGAAUUUGCAGCGUUGCUCCUGGAUUGCUUUUCAAACGUAACGCGCUUGCCAGCUGCAACAAGAGCAGAUUGGACAUCAACAGAUGAAGCUUCAGGGAGUGACGACAGAAAGUUAAAACAAGAGGAUGCAGCCUCAGCACCGGUGGAGAUUGAGUUGGUGUUAACAAAAAGCAUGACGAAUAAGCCAGUGGCAGGUUCACAAGACGUCGUCAGCUGGAACAGAAGAGAUGUGCAAAGGAAGCCAUUCACUGCAGGUACACCGAUAAAUUUAUCUGGAACCAGAUAUGUAUCCUUGACCAAGGAGACAUUUGAGCGUCUGAUGUUCUGCUGUCUGGAGUGCUCCAGUGAGUGUCGGAUCCGAGGGAAAGGCAGAGGUCAGAAUCUCACUUUCAGACAAGAGUGCCUGAUCUGCUGUAACUACAGAGUGUGGACCUCUCAGGCAGCCGAUCUACCAAACAACAAGGUGACUGAGUGUUCACCAUGUGAUGAUGCUCGUGGACCGUCAUCUGAUGACAUACUUGUGACUGUUGACCAGGAACACACAAGUGAUGAGUCUCCAAAGCUGACGUGUGAGGACAAUGCUCAGGCUGCUGCUGAUUCCAUCUCGGUGAGAGAGAAACAUGAUGAGAAUGUGAAGGAGGAGGAGCUGAGUCUCCUGAUGGAAACACAUGAGGACAGUGCUGAGGAAGAGGGUACAAACCUUGCACUGAUAAGUGAUGAAACCACUAACCCAAAUUACCCUGAGUCUUCCGACACGCUGACCGCUGAUGAGGAACUGUUUAUUGAUGAGUGCAGUGAUGAGCUUUCGGAGAACGAAAGUGACCACUCCUCUCAAAACACACAAGAUGAUACAGAUGAUGAGUACCUGCCAAACUCCUCAGAGGAAGAACUAUUUACUGAUGAGGACAGUAGUAAAGAGCUCACUAAGAAAAUGAGCAGCAAGUCCUCUAAAAAGAGACUGCAAGAGCAUUCAGAUGAGUACAUGCCGAGCUCCUUAGAUGAGGCUUUGGAGAGCUGUGAUGAAGGAAUAUUUGAUAAGGGCUUUACCAAGAAACCAUUUCAGAACACUAUUAAACCAGUAAUUUGGUGUAUGGACUGUGAAGCUGUAGCUAAAAUGUUUUGUACAAUUCAGCGGCACAAGAAGAACUAUUGCUGUGCAGAGUGCGUCUCUGGCGAUGCUGUCGAGAACCUCAGUUUAAAGGACUACUCUGUUCAUUUUAGUGACAUCCAGAGUUUUCAUCUGCAUGCCAUUGCCGAGCAUUGCGGCACGGAAAAGAUUUACGAACACAAGAUCUGUCAGGACUGUAACAAAACAAUCAGGGUAGAGACUGAUCCCAACAAGAAGGGCCAUGUGUGCGAGUACAAGGUCAAACCGUUUUCCUGUAAUGUGUGUCACAAACGCUUCAUCACAGAAAUCGGACAAAAAGUGCAUUACCGUCGCUUGCACAGGGACUACCAACACACCUGCAGGUACUGCAUGAUGGUGUUUGAUACAAAACAGUCCAAGCUAGAGCAUGAGCAGAGUCACAAAGAAGACAUGCUGUGCUACCUGUGCCCAGACUGUCCAGAAAAGUUCAAAGACUUUGUUACGCGCAAUGAGCAUUUAAAGACCCACCCAGGUCAAAAGAGACACAUCUGCAGCAUAUGCAAUCGGAAAUUUGCCAAACUUCACACAUUUGAGAGACAUUUGCGUAUCCAUUCAGGGGAGAAGCCUUUCAAGUGUGAGGUGUGUAACCGUUCUUUCAACCAGGAUGGGCAUUUGAAAUCCCACAUGCGUCUCCACACGGGGGAGAAACCCUUCCUGUGUGAGCAUUGUGGAGAGUCUUUUAAUCACAACAUCAGCCUGAGGAACCACCGGCAGAGGCACCAUGGCAUCACUGACUCUAGCUGUGUGCUAGCAGAGGAGAACAAACCAAUCGGGAGACCCAUAAGGAACAAAGAUCAGCCUAGAAGGCAUAGAAGAAUGCGCUGUUCUGCUGAUGUGGAGCUGGAGAGUUACGAGUCUGACUCUGAUGAAGAGCAGCAGAAAAGGGGUCAGAAGAGGAAAAGCAGAAGGAAGAAACAAGACAAAAAUAACGUACAAGCAGACAGUUGACUUGGAGCCGAGCUUUGUAUACACGAUGCUCCAAAGAAAAACAUACUUUUACAAAUGCAUGAUCAGUUCAUUGAGAUGAAAUCAUGUGGUGUCAGACUACAUGAUUUUGUUGUUGCUUAUGCACUCAAGCAGAAACCACUAGGAUUACUUAAAGCAGUCACUAGCUAAGAUUUUGCUUGCACAGCAUUUCCCUUGCAAGUCAGUGUUUGUUUUAAUAUGCGGUUAUGUAUGGUUUACAAUCCAGUUAUAGUUGUUCUACAAUCUCACAAAAUGUGCCUUACAUUCCUACCCUGAUAUUCUGACUGAUAAACAGCAUAAAAAGUCAAGGGUUUAUUUUCUAUUUUAGAAAACAAAGCUGGCUGCAAAUACAGAAUAAUGCUGCUGUAUAACAGAUGUUGUCUAAUCCAUAAGAAGUGCACAUUCUGAUGUAAGUGCAGUGUACUAAGGGUUUGGGAGCAAAAAGAACUAUAAAAUUGAAUCUCUGAAAUAAACACUUGUAA